AUGUUUCCGCUGUCACACGGCGUCGGCGGCAGCGUCUACGCAAUUGACGAUCAAACCAUUCGUGUGAGAAACCUCAACUACGAUGGACAAGCGCCAGACGCCUACUUUUGGGUAGGCAGCACUGCUCGACCAGACGCCAAUGGAACGCCGCUUGCUGAUGAGAAGGGUUCCACCAGUCCGCUGAAGGGGUACCGAAACGCCAACGUGGUGCUGCACUUGCCCGCCGGAAUCACCGUACGACAGAUUAAGCACUUUGGCAUUUGGUGCAAGAAGUUUAAGGAAAACAUGGGCUACGCUUCAGUUAGUGUUAACUAA